AGAAGAUUUAAAAGCCAUGCCCCUUGAAACUCAUUGGCUGAAUAGAUAUAUGACCUAAGGAAAUGAUGUCAUCAUUACAUUGUUUUUAGUAUGAAAGCUGAUGGGUAGAGACAAGAUUUUAAUUUGAUUCCAGAUUUAAAUAAUCUCGGAGACUAGGUAUCACGGCCGGGGAAUGGCUUCCAAUAGCUGUAAAAGCAAAAUUAUUUCAAAUGUUCUUUCCUGUCUUAACUACAAGACUGGAAAAUUCAUCAUUGCAGAAAGCAAGAGAGUUGGCACUUUGUACAGAGUUAUACAAUUAUCCAUCAUUGGAUACCUUGUUGGGUAUGUAUUCCUGAGCAAGAAGUCCUACCAGGCCAAGGAGGAAUCUAUCCAGAGUGCUGUGAUUACCAAACUGAAGGGAGUGGCGGUCACCAACACCGCAGAGUCCGGACAGAUGGUGUGGGAGCCUGUGGACUAUGUCAUUCCACCCCAGGGUGAAGCAGUUUUUUUCAUUGUUACCAAUUUUAUAGAGACACCUAACCAGAAGUUGGGCAACUGUGCUGAGAGCCCUGAUGUGCCGGAUGGCCACUGUAAGGGAGAUAAAGACUGUGCAAAGGGAGAGUCAGUGAAAGCUGGCCAUGGAUUUAGGACAGGCCGCUGCUUGAGAGACAACGGGAAAUCCAGUGGUACGUGUGAGAUAUAUAGCUGGUGCCCCAUUGAGAGUUACCACCAAUCACAGGAUGGACAUAAACGCAUGUCUAUUUUAAGAGAAGCUGAGAACUUCACCAUCUUCAUAAAGAAUUUCAUCCGAUUUCCCAAAUUCAGUUUCUCAAAGGCCAAUGUUCAGGACACAGCUGACAAAUACCAUCUGAAGAAAUGUCACUAUGAUGAGCUCCUUGAACCCUACUGCCCCAUAUUUCGCCUGGGAGACAUUGUUUACCAGACUGGACACAGCUUUCAGGACAUGGUUUUGAGGGGUGGUUCAAUUGGAAUUCUGAUUAAGUGGAAGUGUGACCUUGACAGAGAUCACUCAGAAUGCAAGCCCCGGUACAACUUUACUCGCAUUGACAUUAAUGGGUCCAGAGAGUCCACAGGAUUCAACUUCAGACAUGCUCGGUAUUACAAAAAUGAGUCUGGAGAAGUCUACCGAACACAAUUCAAAGUGUAUGGCAUACGCAUCAACAUCAUGGUGCAUGGAAAGGCUGGAAAGUUCUGUAUCAUUCCCACCGUUAUCAAUAUAGGCUCAGGACUAGCUUGUAUUGGUGGUGGGACCUGGCUCUGUGACUGGAUUCUUCUCUACCUAAUGAAAAAGAGGGAGUUCUAUAAGGACUGGAAGUUUGAAAACGUCAAGAAGAAAGACAGAAACCUUUCUGACAUCACAGAACAAUAUAACGGUUCUAAAGAGGAUACAAAACAAACCCCAGAAGAACAACUGGUCACUGACGUAUCAACUGUGCUUUAACACUAUGGCAGCAGCUCACUGACCUAUCACCAGAGGUUUAAUCAUGACAGCAGCUCACUUAGCCGUACCUAAAGAAGCUGGUUGAGAGAAUGCCAAGAUUGUGCAAAGCUGUCAUCAAUGCAAAGGGUGGCUACUUUGAAGAAUCUCAAAUAUAAAAUACAUUUUGAUUUGUUUAACACUUUUUUGGUUACUACAUGAUUGCAUAUGUGUUAUUUCAUAGUUCUGAUGUCUUCACUAUUAUUUUACAAUGUAGAAAAUAGUCAAAAUAAAGAAAAACCUUUGAAUGAGUAGGUGUGUCCACAUUUUUGACUGGUACUGUACAUACAAAGGUUCAGUAUAUAACACCAUAAAGUCUCAUAUGCUAAUGAACUUGACAGUUUUGCCAUGCAUGCUUACUCUAUCUAUCUAGAAUCAAGACUAGACAAGAAAUGAUUGAAUGAGCAAACUGGUAUUUUUUACUGUCUUGUCUGGUCACUGAUCACUUGUGAGGUAACACCUUAAGACAUACUUUCUGGGUGAGUUCAAAUCUCAGAUAUCAUUAUUUUAGCUGAAUUAGUUAACGUUGAUGGCAUAUCAAUAGACUACAUAUGAAGAUAUAGUGUUAGAUUAAGAUAUUCACGUAACAUUUCAGGUAUCAAUACUAAGCUAUUUAAAUUAGGAUAGGAUGAACUUUAAUGUUUUAUUUUUAUUUUUAUUUUUUCAGAACAACAGCAAUGCCAUCCAUCUUGUCUAGUGAGUGAGUGGGAGGAGCAGGACAGACAACAUCUUCCUCCCCUUUAUCUAACCCCAAGCCUAACAACAGUGUACCACACCCAAAGGACUAGACCCAAAUGAACACCCAAAUGAACUGAACCAACCACUUAUCAGCGAGACAAGUCCUGAUAAGGAGUCUACCACAUAAGUUGAUGAGCCCUCUUGGAGAGGUGCUACAUUUCGGUACUCAUUUCUUACAGACUCAUACACAAGAGCAACAUAAUAAGUAAUUAACUUAACAUCUCUUUAACAAUGUGACAAUGUUGUGAUAAGGUCAGUGGAAGUUAGGCGUCUAAAUGGCAGGUAAUCCAAAAAGAAGACAAAAAGGUGGCCAGUUGGAUACAAAAACAUACUUUAAAAAAUAU